GGUGGCAGCACCGGUCGGUCAAAAAUCAAGACGCGAUUUGUGAAUUUCAGAAGAUGGCGAAGAAGCAGACGAGUGCUGCCUGAUUUGUUGUGGAAAUUUUAUCAUUGACGAGCAGAGAAGUCAGAAAAUUACCGAGCAGCUUUAAUUUCUUUUUCAGGCCGGAAGUGGAAAUGCCACGACGGACGCGCAAAACGACGGAGCCGUCGGUGGAGCCGGUGGUCGUCGCUGCCCCAACGCGCCGCUCGAGUCGAGCCGUGAAGCAGAAAAAGGCCGCCGAGUGGAGUGACGACGAGGAGGAGGAGGAGGUCAUGCCCCAGACCAAGAGAAGAGGCCGCGCCUCCGCGGCAGUGGCCGCCGUCGCGGCCGCCGCCUCGGGAAGCGACGACUCGAGUGAAGAGGAAGUGGCGCCCCCGACCAGAGGCCGCAGAGGUCGGCCGUCAGUGACCGAGGCGAAAAAGCCGGCGGCCAGGAGAGGCCGAGGCGCGGCUGCAGCAGCCACUCCUGCUCCGGCAGAGGCCGAACCUGCACCUGAAACCACCACCAAGAGGGGAACUAGGGCCAGACGUGGCGUGGCAGAGGAGGUGAAACCCGAGGAAACUCUAGAAGAAGAAAACAAAAAGACACCAACCAAGAACCCACCUAUUCACUUGGCAACAAAGCUGAGCAGAACUCCGAGUGGCCACUGGUUAGUUUGUCCAAGCACCACAGAACCUGAGGACGAGGACGAAGAUCAGCCGGCCCAAGAAGUUCCGCCUAAGACAAGGACCAGAACCGCCAGGGUUACGAAGAAGCCCAUUGUGGAAAAGUCUUCUUCGUCUUCCUCGUCUUCGUCGAGUUCCUCUUCGGAGAGUGAAGACGUUGCAGUGCCCUUGCCUGCGGUGGUGGAGGCGCCUGCCAGAAGUUCUGCAAGGAGGGCCUCACCUGCCAAACCUGUGGAGGUCGUUGAGUCUGCACCCAAGGUUGUCCAGGCUGAGGAGCCCAAACAGGCUAUUCCGGAGAAGCCAAAGGUGAUACCUGAACCUGAGAAGGUAGUUGCGCCUGAGCCUUGGGAACCAGAGAAGGUAGAACUUCCCAAACCUGAGGUAAGUGAACCUGAGAAAAUAGAAGAAGAAAGACAAGUUGAAAUCAAGGCACCUGAAGAGACUGCUGCGCCUCCUGAGAGGAAAGUUGCAGUGGUUGCACCAGUAAAAGAGGAAAAGAUUGUCCAACCUGAGCUGGAAUCUUCAAAGAUUGACAAACCUCCAAAGCUUGAAGUACCUCCAAAGGACCAAGAAGCCCCUAAAAUUGAAGCACCCAAGGUCAUAGAGCCUCCAAAGGUCCAAGAACCCCAGAAGGUUGAAGCACCCAAGGUAAUAGAGCCUCCUAAGGUUGAAGCACCUUCAAAGGUCGAAACACCUUCAAAGGUUGAAAGUGUUGAAACACCACCAAAAGUCAAAGUGCCCAACAAGGUCGAUGAACUUCCGAAAGUUGAAGAACCUGUGAAAGAAGUUGCAAAGAUUGAGGAGGAGAAGCCGCUGGUGGUCGAACCUGAGCCUGUUUUAGAACCACAGGUUGUGGCUGAAGAGCCAAAGGUUGAAGUAGCCAGGAAAGUGGAGGAGCAGCCGACGGAAGUGGAAAAAACUGUAGUGGUUGAGGAGGAGAAGGCGCAGAGCCCUGGCGAGGUUGUGUGCGGAGACAUUUCUGAGCAGGACGAGGUGGAUCAGGUGGACAGUGCUGACGAGUUCACCGGCAAGAGGCAGUCCGAGGAGUCGAGGCGGGAACUUGCCAAGGAAAAGACCAAAAAGGAGAGACGAAGCCCUGAAAAAAAGAGUGAAAGGCGAGAACGAGAUCGUUCUGGAAACAGGGAGCGCCGGAGAGGCUCGAGCAGACGCAGCGGCAGUCCUUCGAGAAGUAGAAGGGCUGAUAAGAGAGAAAGCAGUCCAUCGAGAUCCAGGCCUGCCAAGAAAGCUGAAAAGGUUUCGCUUAAGAGGAACAGGCUUUCCGAGGAUGUGAAAGAGCCAGAAAACGCCACAGAUGGCCCAAGGAAGAAGAGACGCUGGGGCCUGAGCAACGUCUCAGUCUCUAAUUCGGCCGUUGCCAUUUCCACAGACUCUCUGAAGGAACUCAUUCCUGACGCAAAACUGGCUCCCGAAGAGGAGGUGAAGAAAAUCUUGGAGGAGGAACCAGUUCUGACUCCGAUGGACAUGGCGCCCGCCAUGCCAGUUUCUCACUCUGCGGAGGUUGCUGAUGAAGUUCCAGGUGCUCCGGUUCGCAAGGUCAUCCUGCACGCAGCCACCGAAAAUGUGGCCAUGCAGCCGACGACACCUCCCAGAUACGAAACCUCCUGCACUCUGUACAUCUCAAACUUAGUCAGACCAUUCACAAUUCAACAGAUUAAAGAACUGCUGGAAAGGACGGGAACCAUUGUCGAGGGCAGGUUUUGGCUUGAAAAAAUCAAGUCCAAGUGUGUGGUUGAGUUUGCAUCUGAGGAGCAGGCCAGCCUCACAAGACAAGCUUUGCACGGAAUUCACUGGCCGCUAAAUAAUCCAAAAGCGCUAAACGUCGAUUUUGCCCCAAGAGAGCUGCUCGACAAAUAUCUGAGCUUGGCUCCUGAAGAAGUCAUCACCAGGAAGGUGGUGAUCGUGCCAACCUCUAACGGAUCAUCUGUUCCAGAAAAACACGAAGGGGUGGCAACGAUAAUCAGGAGAGUUGAAAUUGAGACGACCAAGGAGAAAGUUUCUGCCAGCAGGAACGCCGAUUUAGAGGAAAGGGCUGCUCUAAUGAAGAAGAGGGUCGAGGGUCCUAUCCGGGAGUGGGACAAGCACAAGCUGAACCAGUCAGAGGUGCCGAGGAGGGAAGCCGAGGAACGACGGCGCAAACGCUCUAUUUCUGCGUCUCCACCGAGGAAGGUGAAGAGGAAGGAGGAGGAAGCUCCGCCGAAAAUGCUGGACGACCUGUUUCGAAAGACCAAAGCGACUCCCUGCAUUUACUGGCUUCCUCUGACCGCAGAGCAGAAAUUCCAACAGAUCGGUGAGAAGGAGAAGAUGCGGCUCCGCAGGUUGGAAGAGCACGAGCGGCGCAGGGCCGAGAUGAGCAAGGGGCGCGACCCCAAACGCAGCCCCCUGCCGCGGGGGCGUCCGAACAACGCGUCGCCUCCGCGCAGGGGCCCAAGGAGGAGUCGGAGUCCUCGCAGGAGUCCGAGGCGCGCCGCCGACAGACAAAAGCCCCUUGACGCGAGCCAGUGAAGGCCGAGACCGGACAUGGAGCCAGAAUGGCUAGCCCAUGAGGAGCAGGUUAAAUUUUGCGUCGCAGUCUCUCUCUCGCGCGGUUAAUUACCUGUCUGUGCCGACGUGCGGCGUCAGUCUCACUGUCGGCCCCGAUGCAGAAUAACAUGAAUUUGCAGCCGCCGGGCAGGCGGGCGCGGGCAGCACCACCGCGUGCUUGCCAAAACCAAAGGGGAGAAAACGCCCCCUCACUCACCCUCCUCGACUAGAAAAGCUAUUUCCAGAUCAAAAUUGGAGUAGAAACAAAGAAAGACAUAACGGAAGCAAGAAGAACCCAUGCUUGUAAAGUCUAUUCGACCCUCGGAGCGUAGACCAAUAAAUUUGUGCAUCUCUGAU